CAAAAACCUAACUUAACUGAGCUUAAACCCUCACUCCCUGUGAAACCCAUAGCAGUUACUUUGAAUUGAAAAGGAAAAGAUAAACCUUUGGUACUUCUGGGCGCAAAAACCCAACUCAUCUCAGCGUAAAACCUCAUCCCCUGUCAAACCCAUAGCUGUUUCGUUGAAUUGAAGAAUAAAAGAACAUCCUUCGACGGUACUCGAAACCAGUGCAACAAUAUGGAAUCAUCACAGUCUCGGUGGGUUUUCGCGAAGCUGAUGAAGAUUUUCACCUUGAAGCCUCAUUACUCCAUUUCAAGAGCAUCUCCUUCGUUAUAUCUCUUGCAAACGCGCCUUUUCAGCGAUAGAAGACGACCCAUCAGAGGAAACGAAGCCGUCGGUUUUAAUAGCAAUGAGAACGAAGAUGAGGUUCCUCAACGUAUUCCCAAUAGGCCUUUAAGGGGUCAAAGGCCUUUCAAUUCCUCUUCUCGAGAAACCAAAGGAGCUAACUUUGAUCGUAAUGGUUCCUCGUUUCAGCACCCCAUGCCCAGAUUUGCUUCCGAUAAUAUAAGGAAGGGAGAAGAUUCUCAAUCUGAUGUGAACUUCCUGGAAAGGUUCAAGCUUGGGCUUGAUAACAAGAGAGAAAAACUGCCCUCACAUUCAGAAGCAAUAUAUAGGAAAAAGCAUGAAGAAAAGGUUUCCCCGCCACAGGAUGCUGAUGAGAUUUUCAAGAAAAUGAAAGAAAAUGGUCUUAUCCCCAAUGCUGUAGCCAUGCUUGAUGGUCUAUGUAGAGAUGGGCUUAUCCAAGAAGCAAUGAAGCUUUUCGGAUUAAUGAGGGAAAAGGGUACAAUCCCGGAGGUUGUUGUAUACACAGCUGUUGUUGAUGGCUUCUGCAAAGCACACAAACUUGAUGAUGCAAAGAGAAUUUUCAGGAAGAUGCAAUCAAAAGGUGUGGUUCCCAAUGCCUUUAGUUAUAGUGUUCUGAUUCAAGGAUUGUAUAAAUGUAAUCACUUGGAUGAUGCCAUUGAGUUUUGUUUGGAAAUGCUGGAUGCCGGACAUUCUCCAAAUGUCACCACUUUUGUGGGCUUGGUUGAGGGGUUGUGUAAGGAGAAGGGCGUGGAAGAAGCAGAGAAGGUUAUUGGAACUUUAAAACAAAAGGGAUUUUUGGUUAAUGAUAAAGCUGUUAGACAGUUUCUGGACAAGAAAGCACCUUUUUCCCCUUUGGUUUGGGAAGCAAUAUUUGGGAAGAAAACAUUCUAAAUCCUCUUUUAUUUUCUUUUUUUAAUGCUAUCCUCAUUUGUUAGGCUCCUGAAUUUCGUAAGUCUCUUUGUCCUGCCACUUUUUAUUGGCUUCCUGUUAUUUGUUCACAUCUACAAUAUGGAAGCUUCAUAGUCUUAAUGAAUUUGAUGUUA